UCGAAUGAGAAACGUAGGUUUACCAAAUCACAACAAGCUCAAGUUUAUGUACUGAGCUUAACACCAGAAACCACCAAAAUGGACAUCGAUGCAGAUUCUUCUGCAACAACGACGACAAGUUCAUCAAAUGAUAGACCUCAUUUCCCAAUUGAAUGGCCGGAAGAUGGAACCCUAACCCUAGAUUGGGUACUGAAUCUUAUGUCUUCAUUCGAUUGGGCAUCACGUAAUCUCGCACCUACUGAUCUUCCCAACGUUCUUCCGGUUGCUGCUUUCGAUAAAUUAAUCCUUUGCGGCUCAAAAAUCCUUCAUAAAGAGCCCAAUUGCGUCAAAAUUGAUGAUGUUUCCGAUGAUUCUAAGGUUGUGGUUGUCGGAGAUGUUCAUGGUCAAUUGCAUGAUGUGCUGUUUUUGCUCAAUCACGCUGGAUUUCCCUCUUUAAAUCGCUUUUAUGUCUUCAAUGGCGAUUAUGUUGAUCGAGGUGCGUGGGGGCUCGAAACCUACUUGUUGCUGCUAGCUUGGAAGAUUUAUUUGCCAAAUCGAGUAUAUCUUCUUCGUGGAAAUCACGAGUCCAGAUAUUGCACUGGUGUUUAUGGUUUUGAAAAAGAAGUUAUGAUCAAGUAUGGUGGUCAAGGGAAGCAUGUCUAUCGCAAGUGUUUAGGUUGCUUUGAAGGACUUCCUUUGACAACUGUUAUAGCUGGUUGUGUUUAUACUGCUCAUGGAGGACUUUUCAGGAGUGUGAGUGCUACUCCAUCAAAAAGAAAUAAAGGCAAGAAAAGGAAUCGUAAAAUAAGUAUCAAUACUGAUGGAACCUCUGAUAGCAAGUUGUCUCUUGGCUCCUUUGAAGAAUUAUCUAAAGCUAGGAGAUCUGUUCUAGAUCCUCCUUGGGAAGGUGCAAACUUGAUACCUGGUGAUGUACUGUGGUCUGAUCCGUCAAUGAAUCCUGGACUUUCACCAAAUAUGGAGAGAGGCAUUGGACUUUUGUGGGGUCCUGAUUGCACUGAGAAUUUUUUGAAGAAGUACAAUCUGAAGUGGUGGUACUGGCGGAACACUUUUGGGGAAGGUAGGGUAUGCGUCCUCUUCCAGCUGAUCAUCAGAUCACAUGAAGGUCCUGAUGCAAGGGAAAAACGGCCGGGUCUUGGAGGAAUGGACCAAGGCUACACAAUUGAUCAUGUUGUAGAGUCUGGAAAGCUAAUCACUUUGUUCAGUGCUCCAGACUACCCACAGUUCCAGGCAUCAUCAGAAGAGAGACAUAAUAAUAGAGGAGCAUAUGUUGUGCUGGAGCCUCCGAAUUUUGAUGCUCCAGUAUUCCAUAGUUUUGAAGCAGUCUCACCAAGACCUAAGGCUAAUCCCUAUUAUGACUUUGAGGAAGUGAUCGACUCUGAUGGAGAACUCGACUUAGCAUCUAUGGUAUCAUCUCAGUGAGAACUGUGUCCCUUGGUGAAGAACCUCUCGUCUUUUGUAUGUAGAUUUGUGUUUGCUAAUAUUGAUCCUGUUGUAAUUUUUGUUGUAUAUAAGCAGCUUACUGCUGUGCCUCAUUAUUCUAUUUGUAUUGCAAUCCAAUAGGGAAUGGGGAGGAAAAUAUAGUUAGCGGCUGAUCUUUUGAUUUUCUUUUUACCCUAGAGACUUGGAGUUUGCAUGGAUUAUGUAUGUUCUUAUAUAUGGAGCUGAAAUCAGGCAUCUGAGUUCA